AGUUCAUGAAUUAUUUGGAAAACUUUCAAUAUGUCAAAUGAACGUUUAUUGAAAGAAUUUUUGUUGAUUAGAUGAUUGUUUAAUGCGUAUAUAUAGUGUUUUCGUAAACAAUUGUGAUCUAAUAUUAUAUAGAAUAUGUUGAAAAUAAUAUGAAAAUGCAAUAGACAGAAUUGAAUCUAUUAAUCUGUCAAUAAUUAAGGCUAAGUUAAAAUGUCCAAUUCAGAGGCUGGUGUAGGAUGCAUCAGUGAGGUAACACUUGCGAUUAGUAAAGCAAGAAGUUCUCAAGCAGGUACUGUGAGAGUUCUUGAUAGUCCUGACUCAGAUGGAUCUGGCCACUCAAAUUCAUUUACUGUGCAACGAUUUAAUUACCCUACUGAUAGCAAUACCAACUCAGAUAUUCUUCAAUCUCCUCUCACUAGUGACGAUUUAAGAAUACCUAUUGUUGGUUAUGAAAUUAUGGAAGAAAGAGCUAGAUUUACAGUUUACAAACUUCGAGUUGAAUUGAAAAAUGGUGAUUGUUGGUUUGUGUUUAGAAGAUACACAGACUUUGUUCGAUUAUUGGCUCAAUUAAAAAGGCAGAAAGUUCCUAUUACCCAUUUAUCACUACCAAGAAAAAAAUGGCUUGGGGAUAAUUUUGCUCCAAGUUUUUUAGAAGAAAGAAUACAAGGACUUCAAGCAUUUGUUAAUGGCAUAUUGAGUAGUCCAAUUCUCAUAGGUGUUUCGUGUGCAAGAGAAUUCUUCUGUUUGGAUGAACCACCUGUCUUAUCUGAUACAGCAGAGGAAUCUAGAGCAAUAUUUGAAGCAUUGGAAGAUACAAUAUAUAAUUUAAGACAACAACUAAGAGAGCGUGAUGCAAUACUCACAUCUGAAAAGGCUCGAUGCAAUGAAUUCCGGAAAAAGCUUCAUCAAAUAUUGAGUGAAAGACAAACCUGUUCAAAAUGUAGUGCAACCCAAUAAUAACUUUAUAGAUUGUUAGAAUAGAUCUGAUAGAAUUAAUUUGUACAAAAAAUCAUGCUGUUAUGAAAAAAUUAGUAUAUAUAAGAUUUUGUAAAAGCUCUCGUUAUAAGUAGAAUUUUUAUGAGUGAUAUUUUACAGGCAGGACAUUAUCUUAGCAUUACUUUAUCAGUAUAUGAGCUUUGUAUAUAAAAUUCUACUCCUAAGUUUUUUAAUUUGACUAAAUAUUUGAUACAAAUUUUUAAUAAUUGAUAUUUAGUGAGAAAUCACAAAUGAUAUUUCAUCUAAAGAGAUUAAUUUCUUUGAUAUAAGUUUAAAGAUAAUAACAAUUUUUUAUAGUAUGGUAAUUCAAAUCUUUAUUCAAACUGAACAAAAAAAAGUGUA